AUGUCUUUGGUUCACUCCGACAACCUGGCUCCUCAGCCAUGGACCGACAUCUUCACCGAGGAUACCUGCAUCGAUAGACGGCAGUGCCACCGGACGGUGCCGAUGAAGGUGCUUGCCCUGGGUGUGGGAAGAACGGGAACAGCUUCCCUCCGCAAGGCCCUUGAGCGCCUUGGCUACAUGAAGACCUACCACAUGAUGUCCGCCAGCAUGGAGAACCCGCCAGACUGCUUGAUGUGGCACGAUGCUCUGAGCGCCAAGUACGACGGCGUGGGCGAGUUCGGUAGAAAGGAGUGGGAUCAGCUUCUGGGUGACUGCCAGGCCGUGUGCGACUGGCCUGCCUGCGCCUUUGCUAAGGAGCUGAUUGAGGCCUACCCUAACGCCAAGGUCAUCUUGACCACCCGUGAGGUCGAGUCUUGGCACGCUUCCGUGAUGAAGACCGUUUGGUGGCGUGUGUCGGAUCCCGAGCACCGAUUCGUCUCGAACUUCAGCUGGGCCGCCAGCAUGUACUACCCCAUGCUCAACAAGUUCUUCCAGACCUUCUUCCGGGGCGACUUCCCCAACCAGGGCAAGCAGGUGUACCUCGAUCACGUGGAGGAGGUCCGCAGCCUGGUGCCCCCGGAGAGACUGCUCGAGUACCAGAUUGGCGAGGGCUGGGGCCCGCUCUGUGAAUUCCUGGGCGAGGAGGUGCCUGACACCCCCUUCCCCCGCGGCAACGACAUGGCCGACUUCUUCAAGCGCUGCCGCUCCCGCAACAGGCGCCAGAUGCUGAACGCCGCCCUCCAGGCAUUCACUAUGGGUGGAGCUAUCCUGGCCACCGGCUUGGCUGCCACCAUGGCCUUCAAGCGCUUCUCUCGGUAG